AGAUACUCAUAUGUCAUUCCGUCUAGGAUUUAACUGGGGCUUUCCAUGUUUUCGCCUGAAAGGAGCAAAAAUGGCGUCUCUCAUGGUGGCACGCCGCGCUUGGCACUUGCUUCCGACUUUUUCAUCUACCUUAUUCAAGGUACGCCCUCACUCCCCUGAUUUUUUCUUCCGAACCCUGAUUGCCAAAGCCCUGAGCACCUCUGCCAACCCAAAUGAGUACCAGACACCACAUCCAUCACCAUCUUCACUGCAGAACGAAAGAUUCAACAAUGCGAACCAGUGGAACUCACAGAUCCAGAAUCAGAACUUGGCUCCUCAACACCGGUUUAAUCAGUUUAAUUCUCAAUUUCAGAACAGGGGAUACCCCAGUCCAUCGCGAAAUUCUUCUCAGUGGAAUCCCAAUCAGGGUUCGAGUUAUCCGCAGUUCCAAAAUGGUAAUCAGACGAAUACUCAAUGGAAUUCCCCGCAGAAUCAGGGUUAUCCCCAUUCCCCAAGCCCUAAUCAAUGGAAUCCCCAGCAGAAUCAGGGCUAUCCCACGUCCCAAAACCUUAGUCAGAUGAAUACAGAGAUACCCAUAAGCCCAAAUCAGUGGAAUAACCAAAAUCAGUGGUAUCCACAAGCUAGACACCCUAACCAGUGGACUUCACAGGGUCAGAACACUAGUCAUUUGAACGGAAGUAUGCAAAAUCAAGUGCCCGUAGUGGAGAAUCAUGCCCCAAUUGCUGGUGUGCCCUCGGCAGUUCCUUCGCUUGUUGAGUUGACUCGUUUUUGUCUAGAAGGUAAGGUUAAGGAGGCUAUAGAAUUGAUGGACAAGGGAGUCAAAGCUGACCCUGAUUGUUUCAGUGCUUUGUUCGAGUUGUGUGGGAAUUCGAAGUCACUUGAAGAUGCCAAAAAGGUUCAUGAUUAUUUUUUACAGUCAUCUUGGAGGGGUGAUCUUAAGUUGAAUAAUAAGGUGAUUGGAAUGUAUUCCAAGUGUGCAAGCAUGACUGAUGCGCGUAGGGUGUUUGAUCAUAUGCCUGAAAGGAAUAUGGAAUCCUGGCAUUUGAUGAUUAAUGGGUACGCAGAUAAUGGACUGGGAGAUGAUGGUUUGCAGUUGUUUGGACAGAUGAGGAAAUUGAGUUUAAAGCCCAAUGAGCAGGCUUUUCUUGCCGUUUUCAAUGCUUGCGCCAGUGCCGAAGCUGUGGAAGAAGGUUUCAUACAUUUUGAGUCAAUGGAGAAAGAGUAUAAGAUAUCUCCUGGGUUUGAGCAUUACAUGGGGCUUCUUGGAGUUCUUGGAAAAUCUGGGCAUCUUGUUGAAGCUAUAGAAUAUAUUGACAAAUUGCCUUUUGAGCCUACUGCUGAAGUUUUGGAGGCAUUGAAGAACUAUGCUCAUAUUCAUGGAGAUGUUGACGUUGAAGACCAUGUAGAGGAGUUGAUGGUUGAUGUCGACCCAUCAAAGGCUCUUUCAAAUAAGAUCCCUACCCCACCGCCAAAGAAGCAUACUGCAAUCAGCAUGCUUGAUGGAAAGAACAGAAUCAGUGAAUUUCGUAAUCCAACUCUUUACAAGGAUGAUGAAAAGUUGAAGGCCUUGAGUCAGAUGAAGGAUGCAGGUUAUGUGCCGGACACAAGGUAUGUGCUUCAUGACAUCGACCAAGAGGCAAAAGAGCAGGCUUUGCUAUAUCACAGUGAAAGAUUGGCAAUUGCAUACGGUUUGAUUAGCACACCUGCAAGGACACCACUUAGGAUUAUCAAGAACCUCCGGGUCUGCGGUGACUGUCACAAUGCCAUCAAGAUCAUGUCCAAGAUUGUUGGAAGGGAACUGAUUGUUCGAGACAACAAACGGUUCCAUCAUUUCAAGGAUGGCAAAUGCUCUUGUGGUGAUUACUGGUAAAAAGUCAUUAUCUACGUUGCGACUUUGAUUUUGAUAUGUAGAGUGCCAAUACUUGAGGCAACAUUAAGUACAAUGCUGUGUGCUG